GAGACGAGCUGAGCUGCAGCAGGAGCAGCUCUCUACAAGCAGGAAGAAGAGGAGGAAAACAUGGUGCGGUAACAAAACGCCCUGGACACCGACUGAAAAACAGGAUUCACCUUUUUAUAUCAUUCUGCGAAGGACACCAAAGACACCUGAGGUGCUAAGAUGAGUCGGCAGCGUGCAGACUCGGAGGGUUCCCUCGGGCCUAACGAUGAGUACAUGCCGUACAGCGACGAUGAGACGGACGACGAAUUGGAUGCAAGCUCGGAAGAGGAACCAGAAGAGCCGCCAGGAGCCCCGCCAGGAGCCCCGCCAGGAGCCCCGCAACCCCCGGUGGAAGCUAAACCCACCGAGAUGGGAUGGAAGGUGAAAGCCAACGACCGACCUUAUCACCACCUGCCGGAGUUUCAGAAAAAAGUCUUCCUAUGCAUCAAGAAGAGCAGAUACUCUGGAAACGGCAUCAAGACGUACAAGUACAACGUCCUCACCUUCCUCCCUCUGAACCUGUACGAGCAGUUUAAGAGAGUUGCCAACCUCUAUUUCCUGGCUCUGCUCAUCUUACAGAUCAUUCCAGACAUUACUACGCUGCCCUGGUACACCACACUGAUUCCUCUGGUCGUGGUGCUGGGAAUCACUGCCAUCAAAGACCUGGUGGACGAUCUGGCACGGCACAGGUUGGACAAGGAGAUCAACAACAGGAAGUGUGAAGUGCUGCUGGAGGGCGGGUUUCAGGAGUCAAAGUGGAGGGACAUGCAGGUUGGAGAUGUGGUUCGUCUGAAGAAGAACGACUUUGUUCCGGCUGACAUCCUGAUGUUAUCCAGCUCCAACCCAAACAGCCUGUGCUAUGUAGAAACAGCUGAGCUCGACGGCGAGACCAACCUGAAGUUUAAGCUGGGACUCAGAGUGACCGAUGAGAGACUGCAGCAGGAGCGUCAGCUGGCUGAGUUUAACGCUCUGAUCGAGUGCGAGGAGCCGAACAACCGCCUGGACAAGUUCGUGGGGACGAUGAUGUGGGACGGGGUGCGUUACCCUCUGGACCUGGACAACAUGCUGCUCCGUGGCUGCAAGAUCAGAAACACAGAGGUGUGCCACGGCCUGGUCAUCUUCGCAGGAGCCGACACCAAAAUCAUGAGGAACGGCGGGAAGACGAGGUUCAAGAGGACCAAAAUUGACGAGCUGAUGAACUACAUGGUUUACACGAUCUUCGUGGUGCUGAUUCUGGUGUCGGCAGGUCUGGCCAUCGGUCACAGCUUCUGGUACGAGGAGAUCGGCUCUAAGGCCUGGUAUCUGUUCGACAACAAAAACCAGACCGCCUCCUACAGGGGCUUCCUCAGCUUCUGGGGAUACAUCAUCGUCCUCAACACCAUGGUGCCCAUUUCGCUAUACGUCAGUGUGGAGGUGAUUCGUCUGGGCCAGAGCAAGUUCAUCAACUGGGACCUGCAGAUGUAUUUCGCAGAGAAAGACACACCAGCAAAGGCUCGAACCACCACCCUGAACGAGCAGCUCGGUCAGAUCGAGUACAUCUUCUCCGACAAGACGGGAACUCUCACACAGAACAUCAUGCAGUUCAAGAAGUGCAACAUCGGUGGACGCAACUACGGUGAACCGACCACUGCUGAGGGAGUGGUGCUGGACCGAGGAAGGCCGGUGGACUGGAGCUGGAACCGGCAUGCUGACAGACAGUUCCAGUUCAUGGAUCAUUCCCUGGUCGCCGUCGUCCGAUCCGGGAAGGAUAAAGAGGCUAAUGAGUUCUUCAAACUGCUCUCCCUCUGCCACACCGUCAUGGUGGAGCACAAAGACGGUGAACUGGUGUACCAGGCGGCGUCUCCCGAUGAGGGCGCCCUGGUGACGGCAGCCAGGAACUUCGGCUACGUGUUUUUGUCUCGCACGCAGGACACCAUCACCAUCAUGGAGAUGGAGCAGGAGAAAACCUACGAGAUGUUGGCGCUGCUCGACUUCAACUCGGACCGCAAGCGGAUGUCUAUCAUCUUGAAGUUCCCUGAUGGUCGUAUUCGUCUCUACUGUAAAGGUGCCGACACCGUCGUCUACGAGCGACUUUCCCCCAACUCCAAACACAAAGAAAUUACCCAGACUGCUCUGGAUGUCUUUGCCAACGCGACCUUGCGGACACUGUGCUUGGCCUACAAAGACAUCAGCAGAGACGAUUACGAAGCCUGGUCCAGGAAACACAAAGAAGCCCAGGUGGUUUUGACGGACAGAGACGCCGCCCUCGACCACGUGUACGAGCAGAUCGAGAGCAACCUGAUGCUGAUCGGGGCGACAGCCAUUGAGGACAAAUUGCAGGACGGAGUACCAGAGACCAUCGCCAAACUGGCCAAGGCCGACAUCAAGAUCUGGGUCUUGACUGGAGAUAAGAAAGAAACGGCUGAAAACAUUGGAUUUUCUUGUUCGCUUUUGACAGACGACAUGCAGAUCCACUACGGAGAAGACGUCAAUGUGAAGCUGGGAGUUCGUCAGGCCAACCGGAGAAGCGAGCCUCGAAAUUUCCGUCGCAACAAAAAGAAACCUGCGGAGCCUUUCUUCCCCUCGCCGGGCAAAAACGCUCUCGUCAUCACCGGAGGAUGGCUUAACGAGAUUCUGUAUGAAAAGAAGAAGAAACGCCGUCGCCUGCGUCUGCGUCGUCUGGGAAAGCGACCGCCUCCGAGCAACCCUCAGGACGGACAGCCGAUGGACGACUGGGAGAAGGAGAUGAGACAGAUUGACUUUGUGGACAUGGCCUGCGAGUGCGAGGCGGUCAUCUGCUGCCGCGUCACGCCGAAGCAGAAGGGGAACGUGGUGAGUUUGGUGAAGAAGUACAAGAAAGCCGUGACGCUGUCUAUCGGAGACGGAGCCAAUGACGUCAACAUGAUCAAGACUGCAGACAUCGGCGUCGGUAUCAGCGGUCAGGAGGGGAUGCAGGCCGUCAUGUCCAGCGACUACGCCUUCGCUCAGUUCCGUUACCUGGAGCGCCUCCUGCUGGUGCACGGGCGCUGGUCCUACAUCCGAAUGUGCAAGUUCCUGCGUUUCUUCUUCUUCAAGAACUUCGCCUUCACACUGGUCCACUUCUGGUUCUCCUUCUUCAAUGGAUACUCGGCACAGAUCACCUAUGAAGACUGGUUCAUCACUCUCUACAAUCUCUGUUACAGCAGCUUACCCGUUCUACUAGUUGGACUAGUUGACCAGGACGUCAACGACAAACUGAGCCUGAAAUUCCCCAAACUCUACCUGCCCGGCCAGCAGGGGGUGCUGUUCAACUACAAGACCUUCUUCUUGAGCUUAUUCCACGGCAUCUUUGUCUCACUCAUCAUCUUCUUCAUCCCCUACGGAGCCUUCCUCCAGACCAUGGGGCAGGACGGGGAGGCCCCCUCCGACUACCAGUCCUUCGCCGUCGUCACCGCCUCGUCGCUCAUCUUUACCGUCAACCUGCAGAUCUCUCUGGACACCUCCUACUGGACCUUCGUUAACUGCUUCGCAGUGUUGGGCAGCAUAGCCAUCUACUUUGGCAUCAUGUUUGACAUCCACAGUGCCGGGAUCCACGUCAUCUUCCCCUCGGUGUUCACCUUCACCGGUGCGGCGUCAAACGCUCUGCGUCAGCCCUACCUGUGGUUAACCAUCAUCCUGACGGUGGGCAUCAGCCUGCUGCCCAUCAUCUGCAUCCAGUUCCUCUAUAAAAGCAUCUGGCCCUCUGUAGGAGAUAAGAUCCAGAGAAACAGGAAGAAGUACGAGAUGGAGCUGCAAGAGGAGGAGAAGAAAAAGCCGCCAGCCUUCCAGCGCGGCCGGCGUUCCCGCCGCUCCGCCUAUGCCUUCUCUCACUCCCGUGGCUACGCCGACCUCAUCUCGUCUGGGCGGAGCAUUCGGCGGCGCCCGGCGGGCCGUGGCGGACCCCAGGACAGCAUCAGGGAGGUUCCCCAGAGAGAGGCCGAAAACAUCUGACGGAGCUGAGCGGGAGAUGGAGCAAAACUGUAGCUAUUUGGGGAAGUUCGAGGAGCGCUUGGUUUUAUCUUCAUUUAUAUCUGUGGAGUCGCUGCUGAAGUGGUCAACAUCACAUAAACAACAGCCUGGUUGGAGUUUAAAGUGAUUCAAGUGCCUUAGAGGGAGAUAAACGAAAAGCGCUCCUAAAGUCGCUCUUUUUUUAGAAAUGAAACGCGCCGCCUUCGCAGAAAGUCUUUGCUCCAGUCUGUGACUCCACUGCCUCCAGUUCCUCCUCUAUGCACAGACUUUGUUAAAAUGCAAAUGAAAAAAAAAAAAAGCUCACCGAAGAGACGACCGCCGUUACUGGGGUUUGACGUCAU